AUGACUGACACUUUUAUACUACAGUUACCUGAUAUCGAUGAUAAGGUAUAUUAUAUACCAGAAUUUAAACAAUGCGAAACACCGAUUACAACAUUGAAUAUUGCUGGUGCAACUACAGAGAAAAAUAAAAUCAGCGAUAGUAAUAGUAGUAGUAGCUGUAGUGAUAGCAACAGCAGUGAUUUUUUAUCCACUAAUGAUAGUUUUUAUUAUGGGUUUGAUUAUUAUGAUGUUGAAAGUAUUUAUGAUUCUUAUAGCAGUAUUACUAAUACAACAACAAAAACAAAAAAUACAAUUAUGAUGGAUAUUAAUAAUAAUAAUAACCUUUUUUAUGAUAAAAGUUUUAGUUUGGAAUCUUCUUUGAAUAUUGAAACACAUGUGAAGUAUUUGUCUCCAUAUAUUCAAAAUAGUUUUGAAGACGAUUGUGCAGACAUAUCAACUAAAAAAACUCAAUUCCAAACACUGCCAAUUAUAGAUUCACUAACACCUUCUUUUGAAGGUUGUCCACAACAAUUUACUAUUUUUAGUCCCGCACCUUUAAGAUCAAAUGAUAUAUAUUGCUCAUUACUUCAAACAGAAAAUUUGACUUAUGAACAAUAUUUAAGGUCGAAUGAAUAUAAUAAUGAAAAAAAUAUUGUUACAAAUGGUUGUCAAUGUGGCAAUGAUUAUGAUUUCACUAGUUAUUAUUCCAAAGAUUGUUUAAAAAGAAGUAAUAGCAAAAGAAAGAAUAAGAAAAGGGAUAAAAAAUAUAAAAAAAAGUAUCUUGAUCUUGAUAUUUUAUCUACUUUUUCUAAUUAUUCAUCGUUGUUUUCAAAAAAUGAUCAAAAAAACACUAAAAUUAAAAAAGAGAUCUCCAGUGAUAAAAAUGCAGAUAAUAAAAAAUAUAAAAAAAACAUUGAAAAAAUUUCACAUAACAAUAUAAAAGAAAAUAGACUAAUUUUAAAGGGAUCAGAUUCACAAAAGACUGAAAACAAAUUGAGUAAUAAUGUGAACAGCAACCUAAAUUAUUGCUCUUUUGAUUUUAAUUUUAUCACAAUAAUCGAAACUAAAUUAAACCGAUAUAAUACAAAAACUUUAGGUAGACUUAUCAAUAGUGAUUCUAAAAACCCAGAAAAUAGUAUCCAUAACACUAAUCAAGACAUUAUGGAUAAGAUUAGAUUACAAGAAGUUUCUUAUAGAUUUUCAAAAUCAUAUUUUUAA